UGCCAGACUCUGCCAAGCCCAGCCCCACCCCUCCUCCCCCCACCAACCCCAGCACCGCCAUCAACCCGUCCGUGCCCUCAGCCAGCAGCAGCAUUGGUGGCAAUGGCAAGCGCGCACCCUCCAGCAACCAACAGCAGCAGCCGGCAGCCCCUCGCUACCCGCCCAGAGAGGUGCCCCCUCGUUUCCGUCAACACGAACACAAGCAGCUACUGAAGCGGGGCCAACCUCUGCCCGCCGGGAGCACGGCUCUUGCGCAGCCAGUGUCCGCCAGCCUUACACCUCAACCCUUCUCCUGCCAGACCCACCCAGAGCUGCCCCCACAGAGUGGCCUGGCAGCCCAGUAUGAGAAUAUAUCCCUCAGUCGCAGUGCCACUACAGCCUCUACCAACAGCUGCAGCGGCUGGGAUCCACUGAUUAUUGACGAGCGCGAUACGGAGGCGUGGCCUUCCAUUUCAUGCAAAGAAAGCCACGCACCUGCAGGAUGCCCUUUGGAUACUGAAAGUAUCAGUGACAUUAGCAGCAUGAGCAUGGCCACAGGAGCUGGCCAACAAGGCCAUUUCUCCACCAAUCACCCCAGCAAAGCCAAUGCCAGCCACUCAGGAGGUCUACUCUCUAGUCAGGGUGGGGCCAGCAGAGGCUGGGGCUCUGGCCCUUCUCCUGCCAGUGGAGGAGAAGGGAAGAAUGAAGUUUCCAGCACAUCAGUAGGAGCCAGGGGUUGGGGCUCCUCCAACUUUAACUUGAACUUAAACCCCAACGCCAACCCCUCUGCCUGGCCAGUUCUGGGACAUGAAGGGACCGGCAUGGGUGGCGGCAGCUCAGGAGGAAGCAACCCUCCUCCUCCUAAUCUCUGUAGCCCGCCGGGCACUUUGCCCAGUCAGGGCUCUAGCAGCAGUGGCAGUAUGGGUGGUGCCAAUGGAAAUUCUGCAGGUAAUGGUGGCAGUGGCAAUGGCAGCACCACAUGGGGUAGCAUUGUGCCCAGUGACUCCUCAGAGCCACACUCCACCCCAUCCACGAAUGUGUCUUUCAUCUCUGAACCUCAGAACCUUAACACUGAUGGACCAAAUCACACUAAGCAGGAGCCCAGAAGCCCAGGCCACAGCCUGUCUAACUGGGGCGUUGGCCCUGCAGGCAUGGGCUCGUUUAUUCAAACUCCAGGAGGUGCCUCGCAAGUCAAUGGAGACGGGGAAUCUGUUUGGGGUAAUGGAGAUGCCAAAUCUGGUGGUGGCUCAAAAGACUCUGGUUGGGACUCAGGGAGCAGCUGGGGACAAGGAGGGGUCUCAGGCACUUCUGGCUGGGGACAAGCUUCCUCAACUGGGGACUGGGGUAAGCAUUCCAACAGUGAGGCCAAAGGAUGGGAUUCUUCAUGCUCUCCCACCCAAGAGCAGCAGCUCAAUUCUUGGGUCCGUGGGGCCAAUGCUACAGCUAGUGAAGGAAGCAGUGACAGCAUGGAAUGUCAUCCUCACAUGAGGGACCACUCAUCAAGAGAUGAGGCUCCCCCUAUUCUGCCAGCCCAAGAUAUGGACCCUCGGGUUCUGUGCAACACAGGCUGGGGACAAACACCCGUGCGACAGCACACAGCUUGGGAGAUUGAAGAAGCUGCACGCUCCAACCGCAAGAAUGACAUUGGAACUGAAGCCUGGUGCUCAUCAUCAAAUGCAGUCAAAGGAGGACCAACACCAAUUUCUGGCAGUGCCAAUCCAAACUCUGGCACUACAUCCAGACCUGACUCUGGAGGCAAGAAUGAGGGCCUCUGUCCUAGUACUGGAGCUGCAUCUGGAUGGGCCACAGCCAUGCCAUCCCCCCAGGCUAGCUCUGGUUGGGCUGAUCCAACCAGCAACAAGAAACCUUCCAGUGCUCCUGGAAGUUGGAGCAGUAACCCAGCCGGAGGCCCAGGUGGCAACCUGCAAAAAAGUGGUCAGACUUGGGGUUCAGGGGAUAAGUCUCCUACCUGGGAAGACAGUCACUCUAAAGCCAAACCACAGGGCUGGGCUGAGGGGCACAAACAAUCUCACGGAUGGGGCAAUGGACCUGGUGGAGAAAGUGGGUCUGGAGGAGAAUGGGGUGAACCUGGAGAUGGAAAGAAAAAUGGUCCCUCCAGCUCUACCUGGGAGGGAGAGGCUACCAGCUGGAACGAGAGCUCCAGAGGAUGGGGAAAGCCUGCCCCUGGAGUAGGGGGAAACUGGGGAGAUGCACAACGCCCCAGUGUGCCACCACAAGGAUGGAAUAACAAGCCUCAAGAGGGCACCAAUGGCAAUAGUGGCAGUGGAAGCAUGGGUUCUUGGGGAGGUCCUAGCUCUGUAAAGCAGAGCGGCUCUGGAUGGAGUGGAGGAAAUGGUGGAGGUUCUAAACCUGACCAUACUGGAGACCCCACUGGAUGGGAAGAGCCCUCUCCACCCUCCAUUCGCCGUAAGAUGGAGAUCGAUGACGGUACCUCAGCUUGGGGGGACCCAAGCACUUACAACAAGACAGUCAAUCUUUGGGACAGGAAUAAUCCUGGUAUCCAAGGCAAACCAGGACCUGGCAAUGCCAACAAUGUACCCAACAACCAUCAUAAUCAUCAUCAUCCCCACCAUAACCAACCUCCCAUGCAGGCUCACAGCCAUGGAGGGCCAAACUCAAACAAUAAUAACAUUUCCCCUGAUAAUGCUGGCCCACAUCAAACUGGACCGCCUCACAGCAGAACAACCCACAUGAAUCCAGGAUGGGGUGAGAUGUCAAAUGUCCAUUCAAAACCUGAGCCCUCAUGGGGCGAGCCAGCCGCCCCUGCAGCAAGUGUGGACAAUGGCACUUCUGCAUGGGGCAAACCCCAAGGUGCGUGGGGUGAUAAUGGCCCUGAGGUCUAUGGUCGAGGCAACGGACCCCCUGGAUCUGCCCCCUGCAAACCUGCCUCCAAAUCUAUGCAAGAUGGCUGGGGAGGUGGUGAGGACAUGGGCAUGUCUGCAGGGCAAUGGGAACAGGAUGAAGGUGACAUGUGGAACAGCACUGCAUCUCAGGAGAGCAACUCCUCCUGCAACUCCUGGGGCAACCCACCCAAAAAGAGUCUACCAAAGGGAAAAGUCCCAAACAAACAGGAUGAUACCUGGAUAAUGAGUCGUCUCAUUAAGCAGCUGACUGACAUGGGCUUCCCUAGAGACCCUGCAGAAGAGGCUCUCAAGAGCAACAACAUGAACUUGGAUCAGGCCAUGAGCGCCCUUUUGGAGAAGAAGACUGAACUAGAUAAACGGGGGAUCGCAAUCUCUGACUAUAACAACGGCCUAGUCAAUAAACCAAUGGGCUGCAGGCCUUCAGUCAUCUCCAAAGAAUCCUCUUCAGAUCGUCCCCCCUUCUUGGACAAGGAUGCUGGGCUAGCAGAUGAUGCCCAAACCUCACCGUUUAUGCCUUCUCCGAGCCUGAAGCUCCCAUUGGGUAGUGCUUCACUCCCUGGCCAGAGCCUUGGAGUUGCAAUGCAAAACUUGAACAACAGACAGAUGCAGAGUGGAGUGUUUGGUAGUAGCGGAGCAGCACAAGCCCGGGCCCUGCAGCAGCAGCCUCCUCCCCAGCCGUCAGUGCCACCUCUCAACUCGUCCCAGCCUAGUCUUCGCGCUCAAGUGCCUCAGUUUCUCAGCCCUCAGGUUCAAGCACAGCUUUUACAGUUUGCAGCAAAAAACAUUGGUCUCAACCCUGCACUUUUAACCUCACCAAUAAACCCUCAGCAUAUGACCCUGUUGAACCAACUUUAUCAGCUGCAACUGGCGUACCAGCGUUUACAAAUUCAGCAGCAGAUGUUGCAGGCACAGCGCAGUGUUUCUGGCCCCAUCCGACAGCAAGAGCAGCAAGUUGCACGUACAAUCAAUAACAUGCAGCAACAGAUCCAGCAGCACCAGCGGCAGCUGGCUCAGGCUCUGCUGAUGAAACAACAGCAGCAGCAGCCACCCCCCUCACACCCUGGACUGCAUCCCAGCGCAGGCAAAUCAGCUCUGGACACAUUUCCAUCCCAUCCCCAGAUCUCCAGCCUCUCUGUUUCCGACCUUCAGACCAAAGAGCCGCAGUCUUCUCCAAAUUCCUUCUCACCCUACCCUAUUUCUGGAUUAAAUCCCAACAUGAAUGUAAACUGCAUGGAGGUGGGUGGCCUGUCCAUUAAGGACUCUCCUCAGCCUCAGUCACGCCUGUCACAGUGGACACACCCUAACUCCAUGGAGAACCUAUCUGGGAACUCCUCUCCAAUGGAGCCCAACUACAGCAAGCAUGGGCACUCUGCUGGACCCAGUCUGGGUCACCCUAGUAAGCCCCAGCUGGAUGACUCCUACAGCCCCUACAAUCUGAUUCCCAGCUCCGAGUCUCCUGCCAGCCCUCUGGCACCUCAUGAUAGCUGGGGCCAGGGAAAAAACACCAAUGACAAGAUCUCCAAUGGGACCAAUAUCAACUGGCCUCCAGAGUUUUGUCCAGGAGUGCCCUGGAAAGGACUGCAGAAUAUUGACCCUGAGAAUGACCCCAAUAUGACCCCAGGGAGUGUUCCCAGUGGACCCACCAUCAACACCAACAUUCAGGAUGUUAACCGCUACCUGCUGAGAGACAGGAGUGGAGGCAAGCUGUCUGACAUGAAGUCCACUUGGUCCCCAGGGCCCAUCUCACACACCCAGCCUUCUCUUUCUCACGAGCUUUGGAAAGUCCCACAAGGACCCCGGAACACAACGGCUCCCACACGGCCACCUCCGGGUCUGACCAACGCCAAGUCCUCGUCCAUGUGGGGCGGAAACACCCUGGGCCUCGUGGCUGGCUGGAGCGGCUCCUACUCCUCAGUAGGUACCACAUGGAGUACAGACAGCUCCAGCAGGAGCACUAGCUGGUUGGUUUUGAGAAACCUCACACCACAGAUUGAUGGCUCAACACUGCGGACACUGUGCAUGCAGCACGGCCCGCUUAUCACAUUCCAUCUCAACCUGACGCAGGGCAAUGCCGUGGUGCGCUACAGUUCUAAAGAGGAGGCUGCCAAGGCCCAGAAGUCCCUACACAUGUGUGUUCUGGGAAACACCACUAUACUGGCAGAGUUUGCCGGAGAAGAGGAGGUGAACCGCUUCUUUGCACAGGGUCAGUCCCUCACGCACACCACCAGCUGGCAGGCCAACCCCGGCACCAAUCAAACUCGGCUGGGAGGCGGAGGGACGGCGGCCACACACCCCAUCGGCCACUGGAACAGCAGCAGUCUGGGAGGAGGAGCAGGCGGGACAGGGUCCGGCGGUAAGGCAAGCAACGAGCUGCUGUGGGGGGGUGUACCGCAGUACUCCAGCCUGUGGGGGCCGCCCAGCGGCGAGGACGGUCGAGUGGUAGGGAGCCCCACCCCAAUCAAUACGCUGCUUCCUGGAGACCUGCUGAGCGGAGAGUCCAUGUGAGAGCGCCAAGCGCUCGAAAUAUGAAACUUCAAGAGCAAAAACCAAGCAAAUCAUUUGGCGAUAAUCAGCGUCAGUGGAACUGUGAAAAACCAAGAGACAGGAGGCUGAGGCCACACUUGCAUAGAGGCUGCUGACCCUUCAUCUACUUUUUUGGUUUGGUUUGCGUCUUUUCACCUGUGUUAUUUUGAUCAUUAGGCUUGGGUUACAGUAUUUUAUAGACUUCUUACGAAGAACCGUGACUAAAAGAGAAGCGAACCUUCACAGAAACGUUUCUCUAUUAACUGAUACCAGUGUGAAAGUGUAUUUUACUACAAACCGAUGAGACAAGCUGCCGAUUGUUUAAAAUUCCUCUGGCUCGAGCACAUCCUGUCAGCUCAAACACAGCAUAUUGCCCUCCCCGAAGAAAUAUGCAUCAUUCCAAACCCACUCUCCCCACUCCCUGUGUUUUGGACUGGCUUUUUUUGUGUGUGUGUGUUUGUUUUUUUCAGUUGUCCUUUUGGAUUGUUCGGAUUAAUUAACAGCACUAAACUUUAGCCUUAACUGCUGAUCAGUCCCACUCCACUUGUACUCUGAAGAAACAUCUUGAGAAUUGCACAUUUUCUCAUUUCUGAGCCAGGACUGUCAUGGGUUGUAUGUCAGCCGCAGCAUACGCCCAUUCGUCCUCCUCGUUUCCCUCGGUUGCCAUCCAGUCCUCAUUACUCUCAAAAGGACGGACAUGUAUAUGACCCCUCUGCACAUUUGAGGCAUUUAUUCUUAAACUGAGAGGACAUGUGGACAGCUGAGGAAUAUAUUAACCACUUAUCUACAAAAAAAAAAAAAAAAAAAACUGUACAGGAAACACUUUUUCAGAUGGACUACUUGCUUUUUUUUCGUCUUUAAUUUUCCUAAAUGACCUCGGCCUCUCGAAAAACACUAGUCCUCAUUGUCGUUCGCCUGACGUGCAAUAUAUGCCACAGACUCUUCCGUCCUUUACGCAGUGCUUUUUUGCCGUGAAACGGUCGGAGCUCAUCUGGAGACGGGAGGGAUCAAAGACUCGUCUCCAGCUCCACCACCAAGCAUGGGACUGGACAGAAGAGGACUCUGUCGGUGUGUAAGCCCAUGGUGAUGAAACAUUCACUAGCACUUCCUCUACACACUCAAGGACAAGUGUGACUACAGGGGCAACAGGGGCUUCAAACCAAAUAAGAGGUGUUUCUUGUAACCCAGUAGACAAAGUGCAUUUUUUUUUUUCAUUGUUGUUGUAUUUGGUACAGAAGUAUGGAACAAAGGCGGCGUGGUUUCUUCAUAGCACUUAGCAAGAGCAUCAAGCUCCGACUUUAAUGCCAACAAAUUACACGUGUACGUGUGAAACUGACAAAAAGCAACGAUGAAAAGCAAUCUACGAACUUCUCCUCCAUGCUCCUUUUUGAACUCUGAACGGAUUUUGCCGUUUCAUUUCUUCUUCGUCUUCGUCUUUCCACAGCCUUUCGACUUUGAAAUCAGACAUUUCGAAAAUGGUAGCAAAACGAAGGGAUGUCCGAUGAGGGGGAAAAACACCACAACAAGACUGAAGUGUUCUCGUGUUGUUUUGUUUUGUUUUUUCAGAUGAUAUAUAUCAAAGUAAAUAUCACUGUUAAAGUACUCCAAAAUCAUUAGCCUUUUUGUCUGGAGAUGCUAGACGUGUUGUAAUGUUUCUAAUGGAUUCUGUGGGGCCCCCUGGCCUGGUGGCCCUGCCUACCUGUAUGAUAAGUGUGGCCGUUGAGUGCCUAUCUGCUGUGGCGCCUCAGGUGCCCACGCUCUGACUUUCGCCCCGCACCAGAUGCCAGAACAGACCUGCCUGGGCCGGAGCAGUGGCUCCUUCAGACCUGGCCAAUCAGUACGUACUACUACUGCGCCAGCACUCGACCUCGUCUCAACUUCACUCUCGUAGACUCUCUUUCUCCCUCUCAUGCAAAGAUCACUUUAGCUGGAAGUGGACAGGUUCGUUUCAUGUACUUUUUAUGAUCAAUUGGGUAUUUCCCUUCUGGAAUUGCCAGUGUUGUUUUUUUUUUUUGUCAACAUUGCUGUUGUUAUCGUCAUUGCUGUCGUUGAUGUUAUAUCGCUAUUUUACGCUUUUUUGUUUUUUGGUCUCUCUCUCUCUGUGUGUGUGUGUGUGUAUGUGUGUGUCAAUGCAGUGGUCUCUAUGGUAGCUGCUCUCACCAGCCCCUCUUGCUGCGCAUAUGCAGAAAAACACUCUGAUUAAGAGGCACACCUCAGCGUAAACGGCGGCCGCUAACGUCGCCAUGGCUUUUGAAAUGCGGAAUAUGGAUUGAGUCGCGCACGUAGUCGGCGUAACGAAGAGUAGGUUGAUGGUGCUCAGUUUGUCUUCUGCCUCUCCUCUGCACUUUCCUCCGCUUCGGCGUCAGAGCCCUGCCAGGCCACACACUGGUGCUUACGACAAAGGGCAGACAGAGUACGCUACUUUACCUGGUCGCCUCAUCUCACAGUAAUAAAAGCAAAUGAUAACGGAGACUCGGCUCUCCACUUCUAUGCAAAGACCGGCCGUGAGGUGCAGUUCACGGCCUUCAGCUUCAAUCUGUAGUUCUCUCCAAGCCCACUCUUCAGCUUACCAGUUCAUUGUGAGAAGGCAGCUUCCUUAUGGUGUAGCCUAAAGAAAGAAAGCGGCCCGCUUCAUUUGAAUUAAUGUCCAGGCCCUCACUGUUUACUCUCUGAAUGAUCUCUUACACUAUGUACAUGCAGUCUCAGGGCAACCUCAGAGAACCCCAAACUGUUUUAUCGUUCCGAGGGGGGUGCAGUCGUCGUGUGCGUUCUUGCAUUAUCCGAUGUGGCUUUAAAGAUGCUGAAAGUUCCUCUGAAUUUUAGAUCCUAAUGUACCUAUUCGCGAUCGUAGAUUUAACCUAGACAUCAAUCUAUCAGAGUGGGACUCGAUACUUCUUGAAAUGUGUUUUGAUGUUUGGUUUUGUAAAGAGCACACGGAGGUGGAGAGGUAGAAUGCAGGUUGGCACCAAGACAGACGGGUAGCACCUUGUCCCGGGUAUCAAAUUACGCCUGGGAGGACUGCUGAGAAUAAUUAAACAGGGAAUCCAGAAUGUUUAGGUGCACUGUAGAUGGUUCACAUUUGGGUACAUCUUUAUUUUUAAACCAAAAAAAGGUUUUUGUCUCAUUAUUAUUAUUAUUAUUAAUGUUACUGUUGAAAAAGGAAACUUUAAAUCUGUAGUACUCUCUUUGACUGAAGUGCUUCUCUCUGCAAGCCUUUGACGCCCUGAUGUGGCGGACAGAUGACUCUGGGGUUUGCUGUAUUGAUGGUAUUAUACUCUGUCCCGACCCAAUACUAGGGGAACGGUACAGAUUAUUUUCUAAUUUGUUUUUAAAUUUGUUUUUAAAAAGGUCCAGGUCCACAUGGACCUAUUGUAUCAGGAGGCCUGGGGCACAUGCCAGUUAAUACCAAGUCUUAAAAGGGGGAAAUCCCUUUCUGGAAGAAUUCUUUAUUUCUUCUUCUUUUUUUUUUUUACUUCACACUCGAGUGACACUAGCAACAAUCACUAUUGCCUGUUUUUGAAGAUAUAUGUAUAUAUAUUUUUAACUGCCUUUCUCUAAGCUGUACUCGAGACCACAGAUUGAAAAAAAAAAAAAUCCAAAACUUAAAAUCAAGAGGAUUGCCUGGCAGACUAGCUAGCUAAAAAUUGGGCAUACUGGGUCUUAUCUAUAGGACUGAUCUACCCCAGCUCCACGAGAAUGCUCAGAUGCAACUUUGUGUAGGUAAGAAGUCCGCUUCGAUCGUACAAAAUAACGGGCAUCGCCUGGGUGGAGAUGACCUCUAAGAAAAUCAAAUCCUUUGGCUAGAAUAUGCACAUGCUGGUUGAUAUACAUGUACAUCUGAAAUCCUGUGAUAUGUAUAGAACUGGUUCUAUAUAUAUAUAUUUUUUUUUUUCAUUUACUUUUACUUUUUUUUUGUCCUCAGACCUGAGUAACCCCCUGUUUCCUUCUCUCCAUGAAUUUAACUAGAUGAUAAAGGCAUAAACAUAUCAAAAUUAUACAAAUGACAAAAACACAAAUACUUGAAUCAAAAGAAGCGCCAAUAAUGUAAUGUGAAAUUUUUUGUAAUAAUUUUGUCAUUCAUACACUUCCAAGCUUUUUGAUAACAUCCGUUCAAACUGAACGAAAAAAAAUGUAGUUAAAAAAAAAGAAAAAAAGAAAGAAAAAAAAUGCAAAAUGACAUCGUUUGUAUGUGAGUGUUUGCACAAGAUUGCGUGUACUGUAUGACGGAUGAAUGCGUUCGUUUGCCUGUGUGAGUGAGUUCAAACCGAUGGAUGCUAGCGAUUACAGUGGAUUUGUUUGCGCCUUUGUUUCAUCUUAGAGGUUUUUUUUGUUUUGUCUUUAUUUUGUUGGCUAGUCAAAAAUAUAUUCGAAUGUGUAUUGUUAUUGUAUUUGUUAUUAGCUUUGUUAUUAGAGUUGCACUGAGUGUCCGCUUCCCCUCAUUCAGCUAAUCGUACAACAUGAUAUUAAAGUACUAAGGGGACAAGGUGACAAUUCAUGUGUUAAUGUUUACUCAAGGACUUAUUGAGAAAAAUAACAAGUGUGUUUUUUAUCUGUAAUACGAUUAUCUACCUUAUAGUGGCUUUUAUUGUGGAAUAAUCCAUGAUACAGAAAUGGAUUAUUUUGAGUAUUGCACCAUUUUUGUUUUCAGAUUAUAAACAGAAAAAAAAUGCAAAAUACAAAAAAAAAAUUAUAUGAAAAUGAAAUGUGGGGUGGGGGUGGGGGGCGGGGUCUUUUUGAAGAACUGUGGCCAUAGAUCGAUGUAGAGGGACUUGUAACUCCCCAUGUUACACCAUGAUGAGCUGGAUAGACAUCUGGAGAAGAGUUUCUUACAAGACUCAUUUCAGAGGUGCCUACCUUUCUGGUUUGCUUUUUUUAUUGUCAAUGUUCAUUUCUGUUCUAGUUUUCUUUGUGCAAGGCCACCAACAGUUUACAAGCAUUUCAUGUUUUUCUGAAGUUCAAGGAAAAGGAAUGUUACAAUGGGAUUGUCAUGAGAAGAGAAAAGAAAGAAAAUCCUAAAGGAUAUAUACUUCCAUCAAAUGAAUAACAAAAAACACUUUACAGAAUGAAGAUUAUUGUGCUACUUGCAGAACUCUGGGAUUGAUCAGUGUUGUCAUGUUUUUGUUUUUAUUUAUGUUGUCAAUGUAACUUUCAUAGAUUAUCAAAGCCUGUAUUUUUUUUUUUUUUUUUGGAAAGCAAAAAAAAAAUCAUUUUUUUUUUAAGAGAAAAGAAGACAUAGUUGUUCACUAUCUUGCACACACAAAAAAAGUGGAUCAUGUCUCAGGAAGGCAAGGGUUCCAGAGUAACAACUCCACGCCAUUUAAUGUUUGUUUUUAGAGAAAGAGGAUAACGGAAAAAAAAAAAAAAAAAACAUAAGCACUGAAGGUUAUGGAUUUCAGAAGAAGAAAAUACCUUUGUUUCUAAAUCCGUAGCAGUUACAUAUUUACCAAAUAAUGAACUCUUAAUGAACUUUAAAAAAUGGAGUGCUUUAUAUAUAAAUCUCUAUAUUGAAAUUGCUUUACAUUUUAAACAAAAUGAUCAAUGAUUUUGAUUGUUCAAAAGACGGUGAAAGAACAUACAAAUGCUGUAUGUGUGAUUCUUUAUUGUAUUUUCUUAACAUGAGGUCCCUUCCUGUUGAAAUCAGGACCAUUGUGCAUUACUAUUUCUUUCCUCUUUGUCAUACUGUCUCCUGUGGCGGGUAUUACAUGAUGAGAACUAAAAACGAGGGGUUGGGGGUUUCUGUAUCUAUUGAUCAAUUUAAAGAGGAAAAAAAGCUGGUUUAUACGGAUCAUGAUCUAUGCACAAGGGGGGUGGGGUUCUUAAAGCCUCUGUGACCCAUCUCUCACUGGGAUUAGAGGGAAUCUGUUUUUGUGUCCUUUUUGUGCUCAUUUGUCUCCCUCCCCCACCAACCCCAUCUUACUUCCCAUUUUUUAUGUUUCUUACAUGCAGUACAUCGCCAUGCUGUGUAUUUCUAAACCAAUGAACGUCUCAUUCUGAAGCACUGUGGGGUUUUUUUGUAGCCCAUGACUUUCAAGGUUGUCUGUGUUCUUUGUGUGACUGAGCGAGUGAGUGUGUUACUGGGAUGAGUGUAGGUGGAGAUACUGGGUUGCUUUAGCCUUUUGUUAAGGAAUAUGUCUGUACUGAGAUUUUAAACUAAGUCAAUGGCUUUUGAUGGGUUUUUUCCCCUCUCUUUUCCUCUUUUUCUCUCUCCUCAUAGAAUGUGAUUGUUGACAUGCACCGAAAAAAAAAAAAUGUUUUCAACUAUGGAGCUUCUUUCAAACAAUUAAUAAAUUGCAUUUUUGUUUUUGGCUGUAA